AUGACUCAAUCUUCAUUCAAAAUCAUCAUCGUGGGUGCAGGGCCGGCGGGGCUUCUCCUCGGGCUGCUGCUCGCGAAACAAAACAUCCCUGUAACCAUCGUCGAACAGUCCUCUAAGCUAGAUGAGAAUCCACGUGCAACGCACUAUGGGCCCCCAGCUAUGAAAGUCCUUAACAAUGCAGGUGUAGGCGAUGAGCUGCGCUCCAAGGGGCUUCUCGUCAACACCGUUGCGUGGCGGCAAAUAGAUGGGACUUAUAUCUCUGGCCUCGACCAUGGACCCGUGGAAGGUAGUCCUACUCGCAUGGUUGCGCUGCCACUUAAUCAGGUCUCACAGAUAUUGAAAGAUCACGCUGACAAGCUACCGUCUCUGAGAUAUCUGUUCAACCGUCAAGUGACCAGCAUCGGCCAAGAUGACUCAAGAGCUUGGGUCGAUACGUUAGAUACAAAGACAGGAGAGCAAGCACGCCUCGAGGCAGACUACAUUGUGGGGUGCGACGGAGCCAAUAGCAUAAUCAGGAGAUCGCUAUUUGGGGACAUGAACUUUCCAGGGAAAACUUGGGAAGAGCAGAUUGUUGCCACAAAUGUAUACUACGACUUUGAGAAAUUCGGCUACAGUGAUUCCAACUUUAUCAUUGAUCCAACAAACUGGUACAUGGCUGCCAAGAUCACUAAGGAUGGGCUAUGGCGCGUCACAUAUGGAGAGAUACCCGGCUUGACUCGAGACAAAUUGAUCGCCAGACAGCCAGAUAAGUUCGAAAAGAUGCUUCCCGGCAAUCCAAAGCCAGAAGAAUACAAGCUGGCCAGCAUUAGUCCCUAUAGAGUCCACCAGCGCUUGGCUGAAAAGUUACGCGUCGGACGAUUCCUGCUGGCAGCGGAUGCAGCACACCUAUGUAACCCAUUUGGAGGUCUCGGACUCACAGGAGGUGUCGUCGAUGUUCAGGGUCUGUACGAAUGUCUCUUGGGGAUCUACCACGGUAGAGCGGACACAGGCAUUUUGGACUUAUACAGCGAUGUUCGUCGACGAAAGUACCAGGAGAUCGUCGAUCCCAUCUCAUCCUCAAAUCUUCGCCGCAUGUUCACAGCUGAACCUGCAAAGAUUCUUGAGACGGAUGAAUUUUUACAGAUGUGCAAAAAGGCGGAAACUGACCCCGAACUCGCAUUCAAGAUGCUCGAGAGCGCACACUCAUUGAGCUACGACUUUACGCAACACUACAACUCAUGA